AUGGCCUCACGUGGUCGCCCGUCCCUUCAGCAGGGCCUUGAUCGCGAGGUAUAUCAGGUUGUGAGGAAGUUCCUCGAUGAUAGGAAUGAGUCCUCGCUGAAGGUAAAGCCGUAUACGGUGUACGACUGGAUUAAGAAUUCGAACUCGAGCUUGAAGAGAAGGCCGAAGAAAGUGCUUGAAGACAGCAUCGAACGAGUUCUGGCAGUGAUUCAGGAAGACGAAAGCGGGGAGGAUGAGAUGGGACCUAUUGAUGGUGACUUCGGGAAUAGUCAGGAAGCAAAAAAGCCGAAGGAGCCUGUCGACAUCAUGAACAAGCAAAUCGUUAACUCUUGGGCGGUAUCAUCGGGAACAGCAACGCCAGUCGCGAAUGGAGAUAAGACGAAAAAGAGAGACGGGCCAAAGGUGAAUGGGGAGCGAGAAAGCAAGAAACAGAGACGAGAUGUCAGAGAAGCGCAAUCCAAAAUCGACACCGCUCCGCCAAACCACAUCAGUCUGAAAGAUGUCGGGGGCGUCGAUAACGUCAAGGCAGAGCUCAAAGACCAUCUCGUUAUGCCUCUCCUCUGUCCGGACGAAUACGUCAAAAGAAAGAUUCCUAUCCCCCGAGGCAUUCUUCUCCAUGGCCCUCCCGGAUGCGGUAAGACAGUCAUUUGCAGGGCUUUUGCUGCAGAGCUUGGGGUCCCGUUCAUCGAGAUUCUUGGCCCGUCUGUUGUAUCCGGCAUGUCUGGAGAAUCGGAGAAGCAGAUUCGAGAGCAUUUCGAGAAGGCGAAAGAGGUUGCACCGUGUUUAAUCUUCAUCGAUGAGAUCGACGUGAUUGCACCGAAACGCGAUAGUGCGCAAAGUCAGAUGGAAAAGCGAAUCGUCGCCCAACUAUUGAUUUCAAUGGACGGCCUCGCAAUGGAAGCAAACGAUGGAAAGCCUGUGAUCGUUCUUGCAGCUACGAACCGCCCUGACAGCCUGGAUCCGGCCCUUCGCAGAGGUGGUCGUUUCGACACAGAAAUCAACAUGGGCGUACCGAAUGAACAGAUGAGAGAGCUCAUCCUUCGCGCCCUUACCCGAGGGCCGGACCUGGCCGAUGACGUAAAUUUUACAACACUCGCAAAACAGACCGCAGGUUUUGUCGGCGCAGAUUUGCGAGAUCUAGUCAGUAAAGCGGGGACGUGGUCUAUGGAUCAAUAUCGCAUAGCGCUGGAGAAGCAGGCUGCAGAGACAGAGACGGAGACAGAGAUGGAUAUCGAUGAGGGGCUGGAUUCAACCAAGCUAUCAGAUAUGGAUCGAUCCAUUGUGCGGCUCAUCAAACGAGUCCGGAACAAAGACAUGACUAGACCGGCAGGGUUCGAAGAUACAGUCAUCACGAUGCAGGCCUUUGAAGCCGUAUUGCCAACCAUAACGCCGUCAUCGAAACGAGAAGGCUUUGCCACGGUGCCUGAUACGACGUGGAGGGACGUUGGGGCUCUUGAAUCCGUCCGCGAAGAAUUAAAGAUGGCAAUUGUCGAACCAAUCAAAAACCCUCAAAGAUACAAGAAAGUCGGUAUAUCUGCACCUACAGGUGUCCUUCUUUGGGGCCCACCAGGUUGUGGGAAGACAUUACUCGCAAAGGCCGUAGCAGCAGAAUCCAAAGCCAACUUCAUCAGCGUCAAAGGCCCAGAACUGCUCAACAAGUAUGUCGGCGAAUCCGAACGCGCAGUCCGCCAAGUCUUCACGCGCGCCCGCUCCUCCAUCCCCUGCGUAAUCUUCUUCGACGAACUCGAUGCCCUAGUUCCACGCCGCUCUACCGAACUCUCCGAGUCCUCAUCCCGGGUCGUAAACACACUCCUUACCGAACUCGACGGCCUUUCCACUCGCGAAGGUAUCUAUCUCAUCGCCGCCACCAACCGCCCCGAGAUGAUCGACGAAGCCAUGCUCCGCCCUGGUCGUCUAGAGACACUACUCUACGUCGAGUUACCAAAACCAGAUGAACGCGUCAGCAUCCUUCGCGCGCUGAUUACAAAAACCCCGAUUACGAACUUGGCGCUGGCAGAGAUCGCACGGGAUGCGUGUACGAAUUUUAGUGGCGCGGAUUUGCAGAGUUUGUUGACGAAGGCGGGUCAGCAUGCAUUGAGGCGCCAGAGCGAUGUUGUUGAGGAAGUUGAUUUUGUAGUUGCGGCGAGGCAUAUUCGGCCGAGUGUGGGGGAUGUGAAGAAGUAUGAGAAGUUGAGGAAGAGGUUUGAGAGUAAACUUUUUGAUCCUGUUGAGCCAGAGCCGGAGCCAGAGCCAGAAGUAGAGGAGGGGAUCUGA